AUGCGCGACGGCUUCCGGCAACGUCCAGAUGGAUGGACGGAGAUCAGGAGAUACCAGGGUGUUCGAAGAGCGCCAGUUUGGGACUCUUUCCCUUUGGAUUUCAAGCUGAAGCGUGGAAGGGAGGAAAAUGUAGUCUCUUUCUACUUCUCUGCUUUUCCGGACAGGUACACGGCCAAGGAGUUCUUCGAGUUGUUUGGGUGCAUAGGGGAAGUGGUCGAAGUGUCAAUUUCACCUAGAAGAAAUAAGUUCGGAAAGAAAUUUGGUUUCGCAAGAUUCGUGGAGGUGGAAGAUGCGAGGAUUUUGGCAGUGAAGUUAGACAACGUCAUUAUGGAGGGGAAGAAGAUCCAUGCCAAUAUUGCAAGGUUUGACAGAAUAAAGAGUAGAGAUUUGGUGCUUCAGAACAGGGUGCGGGGAGGUAAUGGGUUGGUCGAGGUUAAACGUAGGGAGCGUGAAGCUGGUCGAUUCAACAAUAGAAAUAGAAGGGAGGGGGUGUCUUACGCAGGAGCGGUGGCAGGAGUAUUAGGUCGUGCAACUUCAUCUUCUGUUCCGUGUGUUCCUAGACAUCAAUCUGCAGUAGUGUUGAGGCACAUUUCGAAGGAGGAAGAUAGGAACAGAUUCGCAAAUGCUAUGGUGGGAGAGGUUCUGAUAGCGGGCUCGACACAUAGAAUUCAAACGCUGAUGGAUGCUGAUGGUUUCCAUUCGAUUAAGGUGUCAGUGUUAGGGCCAAACUUAUGCUUACUCGAAGAGGUGGAACAAGGAGCUCUGGAGAUUUUGAUGGAGGAUGGUUUGUCCAAUUGGAAGAAGUGGUUUUCUGUGAUCAGAAAAUGGUCCCCGGAAGUUGUUGACACGGAGCGGAUCGUUAAGAUUAGGGUGUUCGGAAUUCCUUGUUACGCGUGGAAUUCUGAGUUUUUCAUGUCGUUGGCGAAUUCUUUGGGAACGUUCAUCAACUUGGACAGAAGCACGUGCGAAGGCAGCUGCUUUGAUUUUGCUAGGAUAACGAUGAAGGUGAAACUUGACUUCGUUCAGCGACAAACUGUGUUGACCGAAAUCGAUGGCUGUUCUUUUUCUCUAUAUGUUGUGGAAGAAUCUGCAUAUCAGUUUAGUAAUUCUGUAUCUCUAACUUCUUCUAUAUCUGAUUCUUUGUCGUCGGAUUUCGUGGAUUCGGAGGAGGUUUGGUCUAUUGGCUCGGAUGAUUACAGGGAAGACAAUCAAAAGGCUUCAGCUUCUGACCCCAUCGAGGAAUUCUCGCCCCGGAAUUCUUUGGCUGCCAGUAAUACUUGUUGCUCUGAAACGGGACAUUCCAGUUCGGUUGUGAAUAAUUCUGUGUUGGAACCUUUGUUAAGUGCCAAAAUGUAG